UCUGGAGGAGCACACCAAGGAGGAGGGAUCUGAUUUCACUCCCGGGUGCUCAGUGUGAGUGCACAUCAGGCUUGGAGGUGUUCUGCUUCAGACGAGGGUAAAGACUGAGGCGUGUGAUGAUCCUGCCUUCCCUACUUGUACAGACAGGAAUGUUUCCUGGUUCUUCUUUGUACAACUCACGGCGGAGGGGAUGGGAAACUGUUUUAUAGCUCUUGGAACACAUGAACCAUAAGAAUGUCGGAGGCUAUCCGGUGCACUCUGGUAAACUGUAGCUGUCAGCGUUUUAAACCUGGGAAAAUAAAUCAGCGGCAAUGUGACCAGUGUCGGCAUGGAUGGGUAGCACACGCUUUAAGUAAGCUAAGGCUCCCAACUUUGUACCCAACAAGUCAAGUAGAAAUUGUCCAAUCCAAUGUGGUCUUUGAUAUAAGCAGCCUCAUGUUAUUUGGAACCCAAGCUGUUCCCGUCCGUCUCAAAAUUCUCUUGGACCGGCUUUUCAGUGUACUGAAGCAAGAAGAAGUCAUUCACAUUCUCCACGCUCUGGACUGGACACUCCAGGACUACAUACGUGGAUACGUGUUACAGGAUGCCUCAGGAAAGGUGUUGGAUCAUUGGAGUAUCAUGACCAGUGAGGAAGAGCUGGCUACUUUGCAACAAUUCCUUCGCUUUGGUGAAACCAAGUCCAUUGUGGAACUAAUGGCAAUUCAAGAGAAAGAAGGGCAAUCCAUCGUAAUACCCACAACUGCAGCCAAUAUGGAUAUUAGGGCAUUCAUUGAAAGCUGCAAUCAGAAGAGUCCAAGUGUUCCUCCUUCCUUGGACAAAAUGAACUCUGUGAACAUUCAUCACUUCGAGAACAUUGUAAAUAACAUGGCUUUCAUGCUGCCUUUCCAGUUUUUCAGUCCUGUGCCUCCACCUCUCAUAGGUUCGCCACCAGAAAGGCUUUUGAUCGAGCAAGCUCAGGACCACAGCAAUGAACUUAAGCAAGAUGUUGAAGUGACAUUUUCUGAAAACAGCUUCUUAACUUCCAUUUCUUCAUUUCAAACUGAAAAGAAGAAGACCACAACCAGCCCAGAUAUCACUUUGAAACCAGAGGAAGGUGUCUCACUGGGUGAUUCAGAUUCCCAAAACACAGUUGCAAAGCUUGAAAUUGGCCAGGUAUCCCCUGAAAGUAAGAUUAAAGCUGCUGACAAAAAUGGCACUGGGAUGCGGAAAGGGCGUGUCUUUUGUACAGCGUGCGAAAAGACAUUUUAUGACAAAGGGACUCUGAAGAUCCACUACAAUGCUGUCCAUCUGAAAAUCAAACAUAAAUGCACCAUUGAAGGCUGUAAUAUGGUGUUCAGCUCCUUGCGGAGCCGAAACCGUCACAGCGCAAAUCCCAACCCAAGACUUCACAUGCCAAUGAACAGAAAUAACCGAGACAAAGAUCUGAGAAAUGGGUUGAACAUUGCCGGACUGGAAGAGAACAAAAGGUCAGACUUUGCUAUUUUACCUCCUGACAGCAGAUCUGUUUCCAGCUACGGGAGCUCUUGUACUGAUCCAAAGAUACAGUCAAGUUUUCACAGUGCAGGACAAAAUGGGAUUCUCUUCCCAAACUUGAAGACUGUCCAACCAGUUCUUCCAUUCUACCGCAGUCCAGUGACACCAGCUGAACUGGCAAACACACCAGGUACGCUUCCUUCUCUGCCUCUGGUUUCCUCGUCAAUACCUGAACCGCUGGUUUUUAAUGAGUCACCCUUUGAUGCGCUGCCCAAGAAAAAAUCCCGCAAAUCUAGCAUGCCCAUCAAGAUAGAGAAAGGAGCGGCUGAAACAAUGAGCACAACCAAUGAGGUUGCUAGCUCAGAAGAUGACAUGCCCCCUCAGGUGGUAAGUGACGAGCAUGUGGAGAUAUGCGAGUCUGAGAUAGAAACAAGUACAAGCCACUCAGUGGAAAAGCUGCCCCAGUUAGGUUCAUCAUGGAAAUCCAUGUCUGAGAUCCAAGGGCCAAAAUACGUUGAAGCUAUCAAACCAAAUAGCACAUACCCCAAAGCGGAUGGAUUGCAUCACCCCGAAAAAGAGGAUAAGCCAGAACAAAGCAACUUGUUAAAAAUAGGUUCUCAUGAAAACGCGUAUGAAGAUCCAAACCAACACAGUGAUGUGGUCAAAGCAGUGCCACAGCCCCAUGACUAUAUUAAAGGGCUGUUGAGUUACAGGAUUCCUAUGAACGACUGCACUGAAUUGCAACACCACUUGCUAAGUGGGAGUGGUUUCAGCACAUUGAACCACCAGGGUGUUGCCAUUCCUGGUUUUGAAGGCUUUAGAGAGAUGGAUCAUGUCAGACAACAUGCUGUAGGGAUUCAGAAGGAAGACAGCCGCUUCCAUUGUGACAUCUGUAAGAAGACCUUUAAAAACCCGUACAGUGUCAAAAUGCAUUUUAAAAAUGUACACCUGAAAGAAAUGCAUAUUUGCACGGUGGAGGGUUGUAAUGCUGCUUUUCCUUCUCGUAGAAGUCGAGACAGGCAUAGCUCCAACCUAAACCUUCACCAUAAGCUUUUGACCAAAGAUCCCAUGGAAAUCAAGAACCACCAUUUCAACGCAACAUACCUCUUGAACAACAUGGCUAAAGAAAUGUGCCCAGAUGACUCUUUGAAAAGACACCUCGAACAACAGACCUCAGUCAUCUUUAAAGGGAUGAACAGAACUGGCAGUCUGGUUUUCCCAAUGAGUAAGUUUGAAGAGCCCUGUCCCGAGAACUAUAGGUACGACCCAGCAAAUGAUGGGGCUGUUCUGGAUUUAAGCACUACAUCUAGCAUCAAAUCGGAGAACAGCGUUCAUUCCUCGUGGGAUUCUGAUGGAGGCAAUGAAGAAGGUGCUGAGCCUCUGGAGGACAGUGAUGAAAGCUGUGAAAGCACAUGUUUGACGCCGAAUGAAGAACUCUACCAGAACUGUUCUCUAAUGGACAAGCCUAAUCAAAGUUUCUCAAACAUACCUUCCAGUUUGUCCAUCACCUGUCACAUAUGCCAAAAAAGCUACAGUAAUAAAGGGACGUUCAGGGCCCAUUACAAAACUGUGCAUCUCCGUCAGCUCCACAAAUGCAAAAUACCAGGCUGCAACACAUUGUUUUCUUCUGUUCGCAGCCGAAACCGGCACAGUCAGAAUCCCAACUUACACAAGAGCUUGGUCAGGUCGGCAAAUAGCUCCCAGUAACACCUCACUCUUCCGUAGCAACUGAUGUUCUCUAAUAAUCAUUUCAGCUUUCAAAAAAAUGUGUUAGAAUGAGCUUUCUCUUAUUUGCUUUGCUUCCAAUGCUCUUUACAUGGAGCCUGCUGCAAACAAAGGACCAGAUUCUGCACCCUAGUGUGUUAGUUUUAUCCUCCGACACAGAUACUUGCUUAGAAAAGAACAAAGUAAUAUUUUGAGAAGAAGAGAAGAUGAACGUGAUAAGCUAAAGGUGCUCUUGCUGGUUUGCAAUAUGAGAUGCAGUGAAGACACUAUUCGUAUAUUUUGUUUACAUGUAAAAUGUGGAUGGGGGUUGAUCCAGUCAGAGCUAUUGGGUGACCUGAUGAUUGAGUUGGGGAGUUUGGAGCACUGUUCUUUCACUCUUAAAAUCAUAGUGUAAAGGCGGAACCAUGCAUUACAAGCAAAAUGGAGCUGCUGUCAAAAAUGGCACUCCCAUGUCAGUUUCCCCCACUCUCCCUCCAUAAUUUGCAGUGAAACUUACCUUGUGACCGGAUGUCACUGUGAUGUGCAUUUCCCUGCUCUGCCAGUGGCAACCAAUGGCAUAAAGAGAGAAAUGGAAACUUGACAUGAGGAUGCCAUGCAGGAUUUUCAGCAGCAUCUCCACCUUUCUUGUAACAAGAAAGGUGCAAUCCUGCCCUAAAGCUGAUUUACAGUAUUAAAUAAAUGUGUUGUUUUCAACUUAAUUUAUUGUUGAAUGUCAGAAACCAAAAUAUAGAUUUAGGAAAAUGUAGCAUUCCAUUCUGGAUGGCAGUACAAAUUUUACUUGAAGAAAUCUUGUAGGGUUUUGUUCCACUUAGUUUGUUUCAUUAUUUUUUACAUUUGAAAAAUGUAGGGCACCUCUUCUAAAAAGAUACGUAAACAUCUAGUCUAAAUGAACCACACUGCUGACUCCGAGAUGAAUCUGUGGACUGCCAGAAGCUACUCAGCAGUGCAUAGGUCUAUCUUGGAAGCUGCUUCCUUCCAAGCCAUCCCAUAAUCUUUAAAAUGUAAUGAGAGGAGCAGCCCCAACAGGUACCCUGAAAAGAACAACAUUUUUGUUUUAAAAUGACCUAUUGUUCACUUUGGGAGUCACAUCAGUGUGUGUACACAGGCUAAUAAAUCAUAAAACACUUCCAAAGAUUUUUUGGCCACGUGUAGGAUUUUUUAAAAAUGCAUAUUUUUAUUGCACUUUUUGAUUGCUACAUUUUUAAAAAAUGAAAUCCUGGGGAAGAAAAAACACGAUUCAACAUUUUUCAGCAUCUUACAGGAAGAAACAUUAGAAAUCUGGGAGGUAUCAAUAGAUAAGUGUGGUUGUUGAUGUCGUGGUUAAUCAUAGAGGAGAGAUACCAGUCUUUGCAAAAUAAAGAGGAGACUGUUGGCUUUGUUAACACUCUCUUUCAUAUUAGAGCAUUGCUUGGUAUAAUUAUUAUAAUACUGUUCAGUAUCCUUGUCACUGUACGUACCAGUAUUCUACAUUAUGUUCUAUGCACUUAAAGAGAUUGGUCUUAUGUUGUAUUUAAAGAGACACUUUUAUCAUAUUUAAUUUGUAGUCACGUCAUCACAUUGCUAUGUUUGUGCAUGUGGUGUGCCAGUGUCUUUGAUGCAAUCAUUCUGAAAUAGCUGAAACAAAACCACUUUUUUCACUGAUGGAAACCUUUAGGGUCUAGAUGUUAGACUAGAUUUGAUGUUAAGCGCAUCAUUCCUUUUCCAUCUCUUUGUGGUUGCAGUUAAAUGGCAGCCGCAGGGGGUCCCUGUUCAGAAUCACAGUGCUGGGGGCGGGGUGUAUGAUGUUUUUCUCUCAUACCAUUUUCCAACAAAAGCAUUCCCCAAACCAUUUGUGCUAUGAGCACAAAUCUUCAAUCCUGACGCAGAUAGCAGGUUCAAGGCAGCAAUUUUCACCAUUAUUGCGGUGUGGGAGGAAAGGAUUAAAACCCCUCACCUGCUCGACCACAGCAUCUGGAUGGACCCCUGCUAUUUAAAACAGAAGCAGAAACGGAAUGAUGCCCCUAAUGUCAUAUAAAGUUUGACCCUUGGAUUAAUUUUUUUUUAAAAUCAAACAUGGAUCUUUUGUGGUACCCAAGUGUGAUGCUGACUGCACAUUUUGUACAUACGAUGCCAAAGUGUUUAGAGUGAUUUGUGGUUUUCUAGGACUUUUUUUCCUUUUUGAUUUUGCAGUGUCACUGAUUUUUUCCCCCUCUUGAUACUUUUUGUUUUGUGACCAAAAAACAUUCAGUUGGAAUGUUGGGCUUGGCAUACAAGAUGAACAUGAAAAGCUAUUGUGCAUCUCAGUCUUUAAUUUAUUCCAGAAUGCACUACAGCAUUUGUAACAAAUUUUUUAUAUAGCAAAGCAGAUUGAAAUUAUUGGCAUAUGUAAAGCUGUAGUGGGUAGCUGUGGAUGGACACAAGCAGUCUGAUGUGCCAGAAUCUGGGGUGAAAUCAACCUGAGUUCAUUUUUACACAGCAUAAAGUUUCUGAUCUACAACCAAUUUUCGUUGAGGGAUAAUUUAUAGCAGAGAGGUCUAGAGGGAUAUAUAGAAUAUAUAUCAGCCCCAAAUUCUGAGCUUUUCACACCAUAGCCUGGCUGGUGAUCUGGUCGCAUAUGGAACCACUCAGAGAACUUUGUUUAAUAUGGAUUCUGCCAUGCCAGAAUGACCUUGUGCAUUGACUUUUGAAGGGUGGAGAGAAAGAGAAAGGUCCACCACAAGGCAGUGUGCAUCUGACACCUGCCUCACAGAUCCACAGAUUUCUGUAGGUGUAUCUGGUUGGCUGCAGGGCUGGUCUGUCCAUUAGGCACACCUAAACAGUCGCCUAGGGCACCAAGCUGAGGAGGGCACCACCAUCCCCCCCCCCAUGGCUUCCUUACCCUCCAGUGCCACCUUCCACUUGCUCAAUUGCUCAUUGCUCCUGCCACCACCUCCUGCCUGCCCACUUCCUUGCCUACUCAUCAUAUUGACUUUGUCUGGUGCCACUGGUUUGGGUCUUUGCUAGGCCUCAAAGUGUUGUGGCAUUGUGAUGUCACUGAGCACCACAGUGCAUUAUGAUGCCACCACAGCGCAUCAUAAUUAUAAUGCAUUGCAACACUUCACGGCCCAGCAAACUCCCAGGCCAGCCUCUCUGGAUAAGCUUUUGCGUAGAUGUACCCUGAGCCUGAAGGAAGUGUGGUUCCACAUUUCUGGUUCCGUUUACCAGUGCUCUGUUGUGCCCCAAGGGCAAAUCAGAAAACAAAGCAAGCUCCAAUGAAUGGCUCAGGAUGUCCAUAAAUGACCAUGUGGGCUACCUCACACUGGUGCUUACUGGGGCAAUCAGUUUGGGACUGUUCUCCCAGUCCCCAAACUUGGACCACAAGCUGAAUAACUGUCUGCUCAACAUGCAUGACAGACCACCAGGGGCUCAAUAGAUCUUGGGCUUUUUGCUACUUCCCUGGGAGUCCAAAAACAGUGGCAUUCUGCAAGUGGCAGGAUUCAAUAUAUAACUGGCAGACGUCAUUCAACUGGACGAGUCACAAAGUGUGUGGACAAUCAUCACUUUAGCAGGAACCCAGCACUCAUCACAUUUCUGGGAAUCCAUUCCACAACAGUAGGAUCUUGUGAAACGAUCCAGAAAAAAAGAUAGAAGGAACAGUGGCAUUUGACCAUUCUGAGAAUGCCUGGGGCACUGGAAAUGGAAUUGACAGUUUCAUUGGAAUUUAACUGAUCUACAUUUUCAGCAGAUGGGUGUGAUAUUGAAACAAUUGCCCAGAAUAUAUUUGUGUUCGGAGCUAGUUUGCGGGGGUGGAGCGGAGAUUGAACAGUUUUGCAUUUGACAACCAACUCAUGACAUUUAUUUUCAUGUUGGGACUUCUCUGUGCUUAGUUUUGGGGUUCGACCACUGGAGCAGUCUGACUCCAGGUCAUUUGGUGGUUAAACCUAUGGGCUUGAACCUUCACUCAGUUAUAUGUGUGUCAUCGUAUGAAGUCAGCAUAACUUCAUAGGACUGCAGCCCACAACAUCUCUUUCCAUUUAUUUCAAGCCUUCCCUUUUUCUUUUUGUAUAAAUGUGCUUGCUUACUCUUUAAUGUUUUUUUUAAUAUAUGAAAGAAAUUUGUGCCGUAAACUAAAGUUGUAAUGAUCAGUUCUUUCGUUUUCCACUGUUCCCCCCAAAUAAUACCAUUUUUGUAUUUCUUCAGAAUUUUCUGUUAAUAAAAAAAUAUACAACCAUA